AUCACUCGCCCAUUAUCAACCAAAAAACCCAUUCCGUCAUGCAGACCUCCGAUCCAGGCCACCUCUUCCAAACAACCGCCCAACUAAAACAAGCAGCUUCUCGAGAACGCAAACUUAAAGCCGCCGAAAAAAUCGGCAGCCCUAUCACUUUGUCCAGCAAGGUACUUGCUCUCGAAAUUAGGGACAACGAUGCCUUCACCGCCGAGAGUGGAUGGCAAGCUAGAAGAGUCGACCUCAAGACAGGCAAGACCAUUCGGCUAUAUCGCGGCCACCAAGGUCCUGUAACCAGUGUGGCGUUGAUGAGAAUACAAGGGGAAAAUCCUACCGAUAUAUUGCUCACGGGUUCCUGGGAUAAGACCGUUCGUGUCUGGGAUAUCGACACUGGCGCGCACCUGCAGACUAUCGAGGGACACACCGAUUUUAUCAAGUCCCUCACCGUCAUCCCCUGCUCCCCUCCCCUUUUGCUAUCGACUUCAUCCGAUAGAACGUGCAGACUAUGGGAUGUGUCCGAGGUUCUCAAAGGCAAUGGCAGUGCAAGGAGUAGUCAGAUUUUGAAGGAGCACACAAGACCUGUGGAGUGCGCGACUUGGAAAGCAGAUGUGGAUGAGGAUGGCAAGCCAAUGGGAACAAUCACAGUCUGGACUGGUGACUCUCUCGGUGUGAUUAAGAAAUGGAAAGUUGAGCAAGGCAAGCUGGUAUACCAAGAGGAUGUACUAGGACAUGAGACCAGUGUUGCAAAGUUGGUCGUUGCGGAGGAAGGUUUAUGGAGUGUGUCUAUGGACAAAAUGGCUAUACUUCACCCUUUUACAAAUGCUUCAGCACUCACCAUUCCCCACAACUCAUAUGUCAAAUCUAUCCUUCCCUUGACAUCUUUUGCCCUUCCCAAUGCACAUUCGCUUGUCUUGACUGGAUCGGAAGAUGAAGAUAUCAGGGUGUGGGACAUUGAAUCACAACCUCACAGACUUAAAGGAACCAUUCAAGGCCACUGUGCUGAAGUGUCAGAUAUAAAGCCUUACCUUAGAGAACGAGACGGCAAGCCUGAACUAGUUGUUGUCAGUGCUGGUUUAGACGCGACGUUACGGACUUGGACCGUUCAAGAUAUCCUGAACCCCCCAGAACUGAUGUGCGACGAAGCUGAAGAGAAGGAUGCUGUUGGUUUAACAGAAGAAGAAGAGAGGGAGUUGGCCGAGUUGAUGUCGGACGAGGAAGAUUAGGUAUUUCGGCGAAGAAAAUUGGGAAAUGAAUGCAACCCUAUGCAUCUACAAUGAACUAAGCAUAAGACUCGUUAUAAUUACUUGAG